AUGGGGAAAAAAUCUGGAAAAAAGAAGGUACACACCGACUGGAUGAAGACCGCGACCGACGCCGAGCUGACCUGGGCUUACCUGACUGGGUGUGAGGUGGACCGGGAGCCGAUAAAGGCUGAACAAGCCCGAAGGGCACAACAGCAAGAACGCUGUCAGCAAUCGGCCGCGCCGAAAGCCCUAAUUGGACUAGGGGACACCGCGGACAAAUCUGGAGGAAGUACAAAGAUGAGCAACACAUCCAUCAGUGUAUCAGAAUUUAUUCUGCACUGUGAGAUUCGAUCUGACCAGAGAAGUGGUAUUAUUUCUGCACUUACAUUAAUAUUCUUCACAUCCAUGUUUGGAAAUCUACUUGUAAUUACGGUGAUAAUAGCAAACCGUCAUCUCCAUGCACCCAUGUAUCUUUUUAUUGUUACUUUAGCUACGAUAGACUUGACCAACAGUAGUGUCCUCAUUCCAAAAAUGCUUUCCAUCCUUCUCUUUGACUCCUCAGUGCCAUACGCAGCCUGUGUUUUGCAGAUGUUUAUUGUUUUCCAUAUAGAUGAGAUGGAGGCCUUACUUUUGGCAUUUAUGGCAAUUGAUCGCUAUGUAGCUGUUCUGUAUCCCUUGAGAUAUCCCUCACUCAUUACUAAUAAAACUGUUGGUUACAGUGUUUUAAUUAUGAAUAUUUUUGGACUUAUUUUCAAAUCCCCUUUCCUGUUUUUUGUUGGAGAACUUUCUUUCUGUCAAACCAAUAUCCUUCCGUAUUGCUUCUGUGAUUAUUCUACAAUGGUUCAUAUUGCUUGCAACCAAAACCCCAAGUAUUUAUCUUUUCUGUCUGCUGCAGUUUUUACAACCGGUGUCGUCCCAUUAGGACUAAUUCUAUUUACUUACAGCCGAGUGGUGCUGGCAGCAAUAAUGAUAUCAUCAGCUGAGGGAAAGAAGAAAGUCUUCAGCACCUGUCUAACCCAUCUCCUUGUGGUUGGACUGUUUUAUAUUCCAUUGUUACUAUCAUAUUUAUUGCCAGGAGCCGGAGUAAAACUAUCAACAGAAGCCUAUAAUGCAAUGGUCAUUGUUGGAAAUGUACUACCACCCAUGCUGAAUCCCAUCAUCUACAGUUUCCGUAACAAGGAAAUAAAGGUUUGCAUCCACAGACUGUUUACUGGGAAAAGAAAUCAGGCAUCUGUAAAUCACGAUUGA